AUGUGUAAUCGAAAUAUCAUUGCUCCUUCCUUUAUAGCAACCGGUAAUAGCAAUCAUAUCUCGUCAAUGCAUCCUACUGGAACAGAAUACAAAAAUACUCAAUUCCAAUUUUCAGUAGUAUUACCGAAAGAUUGGCAUUCGAGACAACUGGCGGACGUACUCAAGAAGCAUGAGAGAGAUACACAUCCAUUUAUAAUCCGAGACCACAAGUCAGUUGGAGAGCAAUACAAAGAAGUAGUGUCAGUUUUUAUCUUCUCCAAGUACAAGAUCGACAGAUUCGACGGCAAAUCAAACCCAAAUAUCCAAGCUGUAGUUUACAGUGUAAAAUCGGCGUCGGAAGCUUACGCUAACUGUAGCUUUUUACGUCUUGUUCAAAGAGAUAUCGAAGCAUCGCAGAGAAAUAAAGCAAUCCUCGCAAAUGAUAUUAUCGAAUUUGCGGAUGACUGUGCAACUUUUGGGCUGAAUGGAAUCCUUUACGCCAGUCAAAAAUCUCACGUGAAAACAAAUCAAAUCAUACCGAUGGUAAAACAGGAUAGAUUUGCAAGACUUAUAGACGAAACUCAUGUUCUUUACAUGGUAUUGAACUAUUCCAAUGAACAUAGUCGAGGUCAACUAUUGGCCAUCAUGGAGAGUAUGAGAUAUCCUGGGAAGACGUGA